AUGCUGGCCACCAUAUUUGUGACAGAGGAAGAUUUGAGGAAUCUGGCGUUAAAGCAAAAGGAAAUUAAAGUGCAAACGGUGGAGACCAGAACGGGAAAUCACCAAACAGACAACUUUAAAUGGAUUUACUACAACUUCAGUUUUUAUUACUUUUCAUAUGAGUAUGAGAGCUGGAGUGACAGCAGACAAUACUGUAAACAGAGAGGAGCAGAUCUGGUGAUCAUAAACAGCCCAAAGGAACAAGAGUUUUUGCAGAAGGCUGUUGCUAAUGAGAAGUUUUGGAUUGGUCUGAAAAUUGAAGAGGGGGCUUGGAAAUGGGUUGAUGGCUCCACACUUACAACUGGGUACUGGAGACAAGAUUAUCCCUAUUACAACUAUUACAACUAUUACAGUUAUUACGCUGUAAUGACUGCAUCAGGGUGGAUUGAUCAAUGGGAUUAUAAAUAUAGAUGGAUCUGCAAGAGGAGAUUUUGUUUUUGA